ACUAGCGCAUCGACUGGAGCUGCGGACGCAUCUACAGCAGGGACCACUGGUAGCGCAAGCGCGACUGGCGCAUCGACUGGAGCCGGGAGCGCCGGGCCGUCGACUGACAGCACCGAUGAUGUGAAUGUCAUAAUCUCACAGCACACGCUCACUG